ACGCAAUGGCUUAGAAGGCAGUGCUUUGCCACAUAAUUACAGAGCCAAUCUGUAUUACGACCAGGAGUUUGGAUGCUUCUUUCUGUACCAACUAUUUACCUCCCACCCACUCAAGCCUUCUCCUUGGCACUCUUACUUGUUUAAUAGCUUCUUUUCGUACCCUUCUUUCAUCUGGUUUCUGAUUUUCUUCCCUUUCCUAUGCUACAUGUUUCUUUAUUUCAGGAGUGAGGGGUCUGAACAAGUCGUGCCUGCACGGAUUCCUAUGCAGCACAAAGCAUUUGCUGUAUGUUGCAUCGUCAGAAGAGGAGUCUCAGGGAUUCCCACACUUGGACUUUACUGAAUCAGGCUGCAUCUGACAAACAAUCUAGUCUGCAUUUUGGUUUGCUAGAGAUCAACCAGGAUUUUUCUGAUUGUAUCUUCUUUUGAAAAAAGGAUGCAUGGCAUAGAAGGAAGGUCUAAGUGGUUGUCUGAGACUAUUUUACCAAACUUGGGAUAAAUGUUACUUCUCAAAGAGUCAACCGUCUCCCCAAAGCACUGUGAUAUUUAACAGCAUCCGGAAAAAAUGUGGUUAGAGAAUUGGGACACUUAAAGGAGACACUGCUCUCGUCCUGUUGCGUGAUUUACCAUGGAAAAAUUGCUCUGCAGCAUCCUGGUGUUUGGAAUGGCUGUCAUGGUCAACGCUUGUCCCAAAUAUUGUGUCUGUCAGAACCUGUCCGAGUCACUGGGGACUUUGUGUCCCUCCAAGGGUCUCCUAUUUGUACCGUUAGACAUAGAUCGAAGGACUGUUGAACUCCGACUUGGGGGCAACUUUAUUAUUAAUAUCAGCCGACAGGAUUUUGCCAAUAUGUCUGGACUUGUUGACCUCACUUUGUCCAGGAACACCAUCAGUUACAUACAGCCCUACUCUUUCACUGACUUGGAGAGCCUUCGGUCUUUACAUCUGGACAGCAACAGACUGCCUGACAUUGGAGAAGAUAUUUUGAGAGGCUUAAUUAACCUUCAGCAUUUGAUUUUAAACAACAACCAGCUAAGCAGCAUCUCUGAUGAAGCCUUUGAGGACUUUUUGCUGACAUUGGAAGACUUAGACCUUUCCUACAAUAACCUCCGAAGCAUUCCGUGGGAAUCUAUAAGGAAGAUGAUAAACCUGCACCAGCUCAGUUUAGAUCAUAACCUCAUAGAUUAUAUUACAGAGGGGACAUUUGCAGAUCUUCAGAAAUUGGCCAGAUUGGAUCUAACAUCCAACAGACUUCAGAAGCUCCCCCCUGACCCUAUAUUUGCCAGAUCUCAAGUAAUUUCAUUAGCUGUUACCCCAUUUUCUCCACCUUUGUCUCUCAGCUUUGGGGGCAACCCACUGCAUUGCAACUGUGAGCUACUGUGGUUAAGGCGACUUGACAGAGAUGAUGAUAUGGAAACUUGUGCUUCUCCUCCAGGUCUAAAGGGAAGAUACUUCUGGUAUGUACGGGAGGAAGAAUUUGUUUGUGAGCCUCCUCUUAUUACACAACAUACUCACAAGUUGCUGGUUUUAGAAGGGCAAACUGCCACACUGAAAUGCAAAGCCAUUGGGGAUCCCACGCCUAUCAUUCAUUGGGUGGCCCCUGAUGACCGACUCAUUGGGAACUCUUCGAGGACAGCUGUCUAUGACAAUGGCACCUUAGAUAUCCUCAUUACCACCUCCAAGGAUUACGGGACUUUCACGUGCAUAGCAGCCAACGCUGCUGGAGAGUCCACUGCAACAAUUGAACUCUCAAUAGUUCAGCUCCCCCAUCUCAGCAAUGGCACAGGCCGAGCGGCCCCACCGAAAUCCAGGCUCUCAGACAUCACCAGCUCCAGCAAGUCUAACCGUGGGGAAACAAAAGGCCCACCAGAAAGGGCUGUCUUGGUGUCAGAGGUGACCACUACCUCAGCUUUGGUCAAGUGGACGGUGAGCAAGUCGGCCCCUCGGGUAAAAAUGUAUCAGCUGCAGUAUAAUUGCUCGGAUGAUGAAGUCCUGAUCUACAGGAUGAUUCCAGCUACAAACAAAGCCUUUGUUGUAAACAACCUUGUUUCUGGAACAGGCUAUGACCUCUGUGUCCUGGCAAUGUGGGAUGACACGGCCACAACCCUUACUGCCACCAAUAUUGUGGGAUGCGCCCAGUUCUUCACCAAAGAAGACUACCCUCAGUGCCAGUCGAUGCACAGUCAGUUCCUGGGUGGGACCAUGAUUCUGAUCAUAGGAGGCAUUAUUGUGGCAACUCUGUUGGUAUUCAUUGUAAUACUCAUGGUCCGCUACAAGGUCUGCAACAAUUCCCAGGGGAAGAUGUCUAACGUCAGCAAUGUCUACUCACAGACGAAUGGAGCACAACCAGUUCAGAAUGGAGUCUUGCCCCAAGUCAACCCCAAAGUGGUGGUGAGAAAUGAACUUAUGGAGUUUAACUGUCAGUCUGCACGGAGCAGCAUCUCCUCUUCUUCCAGCUCUGCAAAUAGCCGUGACUGUGAUGACUAUAGCCUCCAAAGUGAACAGGGCACAUUGUCCAGUAAGUGGAGGCCUCCUUCCAGGUCAAAACACAAUAUUGACCGGCUAAUGGGAGCUUUUGCAUCCUUGGAACUGAAAUGUCAGAAAAAGGAGGAGAUGACAGACUCCAGAACUUCCACGGUGGCCUGCCACUCGGACAAAGAGCCACUGCUGGGCCAGCCAGAGUCCAAAUUUCGCAGCCUCCUCAUGUUGCCUCUGGAGGGCAAAACUAAACGUAGCCAUUCUUUUGACAUGGGGGACUUCACCACAUCUCAGUGUUGCACCUACCCAAAAAAGAUAACAAACAUUUGGACAAAGAGGAGCCUCUCAGUGAAUGGCAUGCUUUUGCAGUAUGAUGACAAUGACCUAACAGGGGCGAAAGGGACUUUUGGGAGCUCAGAGUGGGUAAUGGAAAGCACAGUGUAAAUAUCACUGUCUCCCCCCUCCUCUUUCCCCCUCAUGUGUUAUAAAGCGUGGUUUGCUGCAGGGCCGUGCAUUUGAAAAGAGAGGGGAGGAAACUUUUUCAGUUGUACUGGCCAAAAAGAUAGGUAAACAAAUACGUAACAGGGAUACUGAAAGAGAAAGAGCGUCGUGAAAUGUGAAUAGGCACAUAUGGCACCAUUCUUGUCUGGCCCCAACUAAACCAUGCGUGAAUAUUUUGAGGAAUUUGCUAGUUGUAUUUAGCAUUGCUUUCCAAAAGUUGCUCAGAGUCUUGGUGAACCAUCACACAAGAUUAAUCAAGGACGAUGAAAAGGGGUUUAACAGCACCAAUUUAAUUUUAUAGGGUUUUGUUUUGUUUUGUUUUGUUUUUUUAAAAAAGGGCACUUUUUUUUUCUUUUAACCACAGUAAUAUGUUUCUUGGUAUAUAAAAUAGGUGUUAGGAUAUAUCUGGUUGUCACUGCAAGUGACUUUCUCAAAAGUGCAGGCAAGGAAUCCGCAGGGACAGAUCAGAGCAAAUUGUUAAGCAUAAUUUCAUGGUGUUAACUGUGACAUCUGGGAAUAUAGUACUUGUUGUUGAGUGGGCUUUUGGUUGGGAUUUAAUGAUUUCUGUUCCGUUUUGCCUUGUUACUGCUUUUGAGUUGUGUUUUCCCCACAACAGAAAGUGUUUCCAUGCAUUUUUUAGGUUUUGUUUUCAGUCUCAUCCAAUCCCCCAGAUGAAAAGGAAGAUAUGUACAAAGGUCAAAUUUCUGAUGUACUGUAUAAACCACCUUCAUUACCACCCCUUAUGUCCUAGGAAAAAUUAAAUCUAGGGGCUAAUAAAUUAAAAAAAAAAAAAUCAUCCUCUUUCUUCCAUCUUCUUCAUAGUUUCUGCUUGUCAAUGCUCAAGGCAGAUUGCAGCAGCUAUUGAUAUCUGUAAGGGUGUUGCUAUCAAAGAUGGGAAAAGUAGUAAUCAAGAUUUCCUAUUAAAGGAUAAAGAAAGGGAAAACAAAAGCAGCUCUCAUGAACUCUCCACAUUAUAAAUACCAGUGGUUUCUGGCAAAGGUCACGCUGUCACUCCGCUCAAACGACAAAGAAAACACAAACUUUCACCCUAUUUUGACAAGUUUUUUGUCCGUACAGUCACCAUGACACAGCUUGACUGU